AGCGCGGGCGGCUGUCAGGGGCGCGCGCGGGCCGGCGCGAGCAGCUGGGCUCGGCGCAGGCAGCCAGGCGGCGCUCCUGCGGGUCCCGAGCGUGCGGCUAGCCGGGCCCAGCGCCCAGCCCCGCGGGCGGCGGCGGGCGAGCGGGCGCUGGAGUAGGAGCAGGAGAGCGGCGCGGCCGCGGAAGGAAGCCGGGGCGAGGCGAGGAGGUGGCGGGAGGAGGAGACAGCAGGGACAGGUGUCAGAUAAAGGAGGGCUCUCCUCCGCUGCCGAGGCAUCAUGGCCGCUAAGUCAGACGGGAGGCUGAAGAUGAAGAAGAGCAGCGACGUGGCGUUCACCCCGCUACAGAACUCGGACAAUUCAGGAUCAGUGCAAGGGCUGGCUCCAGGCUUGCCGUCGGGGUCCGGAGCCGAGGACACGGAGGCGGCAGGAGGCGGCUGCUGCCCGGACGGCGGCGGCUGCUCGCGCUGCUGCUGCUGCUGCGCGGGGAGCGGCGGCUCGGCGGGCUCGGGCGGCUCCAGCGGCGGCGGCCCGGGCGGCGGGGCGGGCUCGGCGGCGCUGUGCCUGCGACUGGGUAGGGAGCAGCGGCGCUACUCGCUGUGGGACUGCCUCUGGAUCCUGGCCGCCGUGGCCGUGUACUUCGCGGAUGUGGGAACGGACAUCUGGCUCGCCGUGGACUACUACCUGCGCGGGCAGCGCUGGUGGUUUGGGCUCACCCUCUUCUUCGUGGUGCUGGGCUCGCUCUCUGUUCAAGUGUUCAGCUUCCGCUGGUUUGUGCACGAUUUCAGCACCGAGGACAGCGCCACGACCACUGCCUCUAGCUCCCAGCAGCCGGGAGCCGAAUGCAAGACCCUGGUCAGCAGUGGGUCUGCAGCCGGGGAAGGGGAGGCUCGUCCUUCCACGCCGCAGAGGCAAGCAUCCAACGCCAGCAAGAGCAACAUCGCCGCCACCAACAGCGGCAGCAACAGCAACGGGGCCACCCGGACCAGCGGCAAACACAGGUCUGCGUCCUGCUCCUUCUGCAUCUGGCUCCUGCAGUCACUCAUCCACAUCUUGCAGCUCGGGCAAAUCUGGAGGUAUUUGCAUACAAUAUACUUAGGUAUCCGGAGCCGGCAGAGUGGGGAGACUGGCAGGUGGCGCUUUUACUGGAAGAUGGUAUAUGAGUAUGCAGAUGUGAGCAUGCUGCAUUUGCUAGCCACCUUUCUGGAAAGUGCUCCACAAUUGGUCCUGCAGCUCUGCAUUAUUGUACAGACUCACAGCUUACAGGCCCUCCAAGGUUUCACAGCAGCAGCCUCCCUUGUGUCCUUGGCUUGGGCCCUAGCCUCCUACCAGAAGGCUCUUCGGGACUCCCGAGAUGACAAAAAGCCCAUCAGCUACAUGGCUGUCAUCAUCCAGUUCUGCUGGCAUUUCUUCACCAUCGCUGCCAGGGUCAUCACAUUUGCCCUCUUUGCCUCGGUUUUCCAGCUGUAUUUUGGGAUAUUCAUUGUCCUCCACUGGUGCAUCAUGACUUUCUGGAUUGUCCACUGUGAGACGGAAUUCUGUAUCACCAAAUGGGAAGAGAUUGUAUUUGACAUGGUGGUGGGCAUCAUCUACAUCUUCAGUUGGUUCAAUGUCAAGGAAGGGAGGACACGCUGCAGGCUGUUCAUUUACUAUUUUGUAAUCCUUCUGGAAAAUACAGCCUUGAGUGCACUCUGGUACCUCUACAAAGCUCCCCAGAUUGCGGAUGCAUUUGCCAUCCCUGCAUUGUGCGUGGUUUUCAGCAGCUUUUUAACAGGUGUUGUUUUUAUGCUGAUGUACUAUGCCUUCUUCCAUCCCAAUGGGCCCAGAUUUGGGCAGUCACCAAGUUGUGCUUGUGAUGACCCUGCCACUGCCUUCUCUCUGCCUCCAGAAGUGGCCACAAGCACACUACGGUCCAUCUCCAACAACCGCAGUGUUGCCAGUGACCGUGAUCAGAAAUUUGCAGAGCGGGAUGGAUGUGUACCUGUGUUUCAAGUGAGACCAACUGCACCACCCACCCCGUCAUCUCGACCACCACGGAUUGAAGAAUCAGUCAUUAAAAUUGACCUGUUCAGGAAUAGAUAUCCAGCAUGGGAGAGACAUGUGUUGGACCGAAGCCUGAGAAAGGCCAUUUUAGCCUUUGAAUGUUCCCCAUCUCCUCCAAGGCUGCAGUACAAAGACGAUGCUCUUAUUCAGGAGAGGCUGGAAUAUGAAACCACUUUAUAAAUCACAAGGAGCCGCAAUGUCCACAUGAAGGGUUAACAGCAGGGCUGUGGCAAUAAUGACAUCUUAUCCAAGAGUAGGGCAAUGAGCUAUAUGUUCUUAGUCCAAACAUUGUCAUGGUAUGGUUUGAUCUUCCAUCAGCUGACUGCCUGCUGCUGGUAUCUAUUCAAGCCAGCAGUGCUGAGAGUCACUUACUCUGCCUAAAGGGGUAAUGUCAGCUUAAUGUGACUGUUGCUGCAAACUCCUCCAGCACAGGAUUGGGGCACAUUCACUGGAGUAUAACAUUAAUGUGAAAAAUGUUGCCUCUAAUCAUUAGGGUAUUUUGAUGGGGUUUACUAAUUUUUGCAUAAAUAUAUUCACACACCACCACCACCACCACCACCACCACCACCACCACCACCGCCACCCCUGUAUCAAACGAGUUAAGGUGAGGCUGGAGAGAUUACUCAGUAGUUAAGAGCACUGAAUGCUCUUGCAAAGGACCCAGGCUUGAGCCCCAACAUCCAUUUGCAACUCUAAUUCCAGAAGAUCUAAUGUCCGCUUUUAGCCUCCUCAAGCACUCACUGCACACACAUGGUGCAUAGACAUAUAUGCAGGCAAAAUACCCAUAUACAUAAAAUAAAAAUAAAUCUCAAAGAAAAAAAGCUUAGGUGAUUUCCUUGAUGCAAAGCUUACAACAGACUCCAGGAAGAAAGCAGCAUGCUUGGAACGAUUCUGUAAACUGUUCUUUCUUUUGCAAACCUGUAGCAUCAAAGACAAAGCCUAUGAAGCAGACAGCAGGAUUCAAGUGUUUACACUCGUGCUAGCAUUGAUGGGGUGACUCUGUUUCUACAUAUUUCAGGAUUUGUUUUUUACUUUUAGGUUUUGCAGAUGAGAACAUUCUUUAGGACAGAAAUCCUAUGCAGCACAUGUAUGGCUUUUGAUGAGACCAAGGAGCUCAAUAUCUGUAAUGUAAAUUAAAUGCUAAUCAUGAUUCAGUAUUCAGUUCCAAACAUACAAUUUAUAUACAAAGAGCCGUUGGGGGGGCAGAGUAAGAUUGAGAUUCUCAGGUGUGUGCGUCUCAUAUUGGAAUGCACCCACAGAGCCACGGAAGAGAAAUAGGGGCUGUUUGUUUCCAGGUCUGUUUCCAGGUGCAGAACGAGCAUGGGUCAGCAAGUAUGACUCUGGAAACCACAUGCCACACCUUUCUAGUGCCAAACUUUGUCCAAUCACAGAACUGAUAUGGAAUCCCCAAAACCUGAGUAUAAGUGGUUUCCCAAAACAGACAAGAGAAGAAUAACCAGGUUCUCUGCUGUAUACAGACUUACCCUCUUCCUAUCCAAGGUCAAAGUGAUGUGUCUACUAGAGACUUUGGGAUACCUUUUAGCAAGUAAGAGCAUACAGAUACAAUGUGUAUGCUAUUAAAAAAAAAAAAAAAAACUGCCUGGACUGCUUGAGGGCUUACCACUCCAUCAGCUAAGAUUUGUAUUUGAAUCAUCUGUAAAGUCGUGCUCUUACAAGCUUCUGAGUUUUAAAUACCUCCAUACAGCAAGUAAACAUUCCCACUUUCUGUUCUUGGUGUCCUUGGUCAUGGUGCUUUUUGUUGCAUUAAAAGUGCCGGUCAAACUUUGAUAGUAUUUUUUUAUAGUUGGUGCAGAGUGGAAUAACUCAUGGAUUAUUUCAAUAUUUUUGUAAUAAAAAUAUAGGUGUACAUAUAGGCAUCAUUGCUUUUUUUAUAGACUUGGAAUUAUUUAAAAUACAUUAAAUGUCAUAUUCACUUGGGAUGUCAGAAUCCGGUCUACAAAUCCAUCAACCUGCUUCAGCAGAUGGAAAACACUUGUCUCUGGCAAGAUCACCUUAUGUUUAGCAAUUUGAUGGUCCUGAGAAUCUGAGCAGGGGUGCUAUCAGAGUAUCAAGUGAAGAGGGAAGUGGCCUACCUAGAAAGGGCUUGUGAAGACUGGCCAAUGUCUCCCAGGAAAUCAAAGAUGUGAUUUCUUUCAUCCAUCCAUUAGAACAACCUGACCACAGUGGAAGAUGUCUUAAACUUCCUUGCCUGGUUUUAUACUAUCCCAGCUGAUAUAUUAAAGAUUAGUCAAGUCAUUAAAAAAAAGUUGGCAGAAAGUCAGUUUCAUUUAAGUAUUCACUUAACAUAGUUAAGAUCCAGAGCCACCACCUAAAAUGGAUAUGACAUCCAAAGACUGUGGUCCCCAAAGUAACAUCUGCAGGAAGAAACAGAGGGCUCAACCUGGGACUUCUUUUGGUACAAAGCCCCAAAUCAAUUUUUUAACACAGACAAUUUUUAUCAGACAUAUUCACAAUACUCAAAGAUUUGACCCUUCAAGCAAGAUUUCCACUACAAUGCUCUAAUCUUUUGUUCAAAUGAAAAAAUAUUACCUUGCCACAGUAAAUCUCUAAGAAGACACUUGGCAAGUGGUGAACACAUCCCAUCCCAGUGUUGAAGAGAAUCACAAUAAUUUGGACAGAUGCUUCGCUGGUAUCCAGAGCCAUGAGUUAUUAACUUCAUUAGUUCCAAGACAACUUUAACUGAUGAACUCUGAAGACUCAUCCACCCAGGUGGACCACAGCUUUGAUUCUGUGAGUGAAUAUAACAGUUCCAAUGUAAUAGUGUCCAGCCAAGCAACCCAACAGGAUCCUCCACUCUUCUAUCAUAAACAUUGGAAGUUAUCAACUUUUACUGGAGAUGAAUUACAGUUAGUUAAUCCAACAGACAUUUAAAUCUUGAAAAUUCUUGACUUGUAAUAUUACAAUCAAGCUACUGGAAGAGAACAUGAAUCAAUUAAUGGGAAAGGAGCAGUUGGUUCAGCACUGUGCCCUGAUGUGUCCAGACCUGAAGAAACAGACCUCUGAGAAGCAGAGCUAAGGAAAUUUUGCUACCUGGUCCCUCAACACAAAUGUCAUUAGUGUCCAUGGUAUCCAUCUGCUUUCUUUAUUUUUUCCAGUAAGAACUCCCUCUUAAAAUAUCAGCCAAUGGAUUCCUGGGAGUUUGUAUAGUUCAGAGAAAUGGGUAUGGGUAAAGGUUACAACCCACUUGUUUGAAAAUGAAAAAAGUCUCUGUCAUCUGUGAAUAACUGAUUUGUCUUGAGUACCUUUGCCACUUUUAAUUUGUUCCAUUGUCACCAUUAUAAUAACCAAUGUGAAAGCUUUCAUUUAUUAUAAUUCAGCUUCAGAGGUUAAAUCUGCACAGGUGUAGUUACAGAGAUAUUUGAUGCCUGCCUUCUAAUGUGAUGACAUUACCAGUCCCAAACUAAUAUCCAUUUCUACAAGGAAUCAACUAGCCUAUAGCUUCUCAGAUCACAUAAAAUCUUGGUUAAAGAUGACCAAAUGGCCUUAAUGCCUACAUUUUCAUUUACAAGAAAACAGGACUGCUGAGAAUUUCUAAUCAUGAUUCUUUCCAUUUCUAUUUUUCAGAGUAUUCAAGAGUCAGAGGUGCGUGUGGUCUUGUUGAAUUUUCUAUCCAAUUUUGUGACAUGGGUUUUAGAGGUUAGAUUUAGAUAAAAGGGUGAAUAUAAUCAAAUGUAUCCAUUACACACUCCAGGAAAAAAAUGGAGCAGGAACCAUUAUUUUGUUCCCUAUAUAAGCAUCUUGGUGGCUCUUUUAAAGAUAUUUCAAGGACUUCUGAGUGCCAUUCCUGGUCAUCAGCUCUCAUAUCCAGGCAAGUCAUUCCUUAGAACUGUGUCUUGAAUAAUGGAAAGGCAGCCUCCUACCAUGUGACUUACUGUCGCAUGCCAGGCAACCAGAAAUAGCAUGUUUAAAGAAAUGCUCAUGUCCUGAACCCACAACCUCCUAUGUAAUGUAUAAGUUGGUUAACUGUAGGGACAUAGGGGUGCAACAGUCCUCUCUAUCAAGGCUCAGAAAUAAGUGUGUCCAUAGGAGCACUGAGUAUAGGACAGAAGAUCUAUACCAACAUAUAGGCCCAAGAAAACCUGUCCAUCACUUGUCAGGAACACUUGCCUUUUUUACAAACUAGUCACAUAAAUUAACCUCUGCCAUUCCAUAAUUAUGGUAAAUCACAUAUCUUCUUAUGAAAGGACAAGGCCUGGCUAACAUGGAAAGAUGGAGAUUACAUAGAAAGCUUCAUAUGAAGACUGGCUCUUUCCAAGAAAACCUUCCCUCAGAUAGUUCUUCUCAGUUCGUGGCCCCUGUAGUGCUCUGUACAUCACUAGCUUCUGAUGUCUGAUGAUGAUGAUGAUGAUGAUAAGUCACUCUUGCUAAUUAAACACAGACUAUUUAAUCAUCUCUCUUUUACUUAUAAUAAGAUUCAGGGUUACCAUGGCCUUACUCUCCAUCCCACUGUAAAUAGGUCAUAACAUCACAACAGGCCCAUGUUCAAACGUACUUCACCUAGCUGAACUCUUUCUUGCAAAACAGUUUGAAUAUCUUGAUUCUACCCAUCAGUCACCUUAUUGUUACACAUCUAUUCCCAGAUUCAUAAUUCCUGUGAGAGUAAUUUUCAGAACAAUGGAAUAAACUAAAAGGACAGUUAUGCAAUUUCUCCAGCAAGACAAAAAUCAUUAGACGGUUGAUCACCCCAAAGUUCUGACGUUUCCUCAUGACUGAGUUUGUUUUCAUUUGCCGGCUUCCAACAUUUGCAUUUUCCAGAUGACUGCUGAACCACUUUCACCAAACCAAAGUAGACAGUACAGCAUUAUUAAAAAGUGAAGACUGUCCACAUAAAUGCAAAUAUCCCUAUGAAAAAAUCAAGAAGUUGGUCACUCAAGCAGCACAUGUGGUUUUGGGAGAGCACACAUCUGAGAUUUCUGGAAGAGUCUAGAUGUUUGAAACAUAUACUUUUCCAUCCUCUUGUUUGAAGUGUAGAUGAACAAACUGCUCAGGUGUUGCAGGUGGAACUUAAUUUUCUUGUGCAGCCAUCUUUUGUUGACAACAUUCUGCUGCUGGGAGUCUUUUUGUUGUACAAAGAGAAAUAAAUCACGCAGAGCAACUGCGACCCACUUUUAUUUACUUUCCAAAAAUGUAUGACUCUAAGAGGUUGGUUGGCUGUGCUUCAGAUGUCCCAUACAUGAGUGACUGAGGACCUCCUCCAAUGUGACAGUUCUUCAAGGCCUUCCACUGCCUUUUCUGGGCAAGGAAACUUCUUUUAGCCUUUUGCUAUGUUUCAUCCUUUUAUCAUUGAUGUUUUGCUGUUCAUAAAUCUUAAACAUUUACAAAGUAUACUUGACAUAAUGUUUUAAAGGAAAUACAAAAUCUUUAACUUUUUAUUGUUCAAAAACAAUAUUUUAUUUGAAGUUUCCCCUGUAAUAUCUUAAAGCUAGCAUUGAUUGAAUUGCUUGAUCCAAAUACUUUGUGGUGAACUUUAUGUUUGCAGCUGGAGGAAAAAGACAACUUUGCCCAAAUCAAACAAAUUAUCUAACUUUUGGAAUUUGGUUUACAGAUAUUAUUCAGAUUAACAACUGCUUUCUGGUUACCAUGAAUAUUGUAAUGUUGGUUAUUUUCCCAGUUAAUCCCUAACACAUUUCUCCAUGAGGAAAAAAAAAGUCUACCAUGAAAGAAAUUCACCUUUCAAAAGGAGUCCUGAGGAUAUUCAUUCUGCCCCAGAAUUGUUUCUUCCUGGUAAUCUUGGGAAGUUGAUCUUGCUCCUUCCAGUCUGCUAGAUGGCAAAGAUGUUGAUCUACUCAAAUAAGAGUGCCUGGCUCAUCUACACAUCUGACAUUUGGCAGAAACACACAAAUUGUGUGACCUAUUCCCCUGUAAGGGCGCUUUAGCUACAACUUGCUCUGAGGCACUUACUGUAGAGAUCUUGGAAAGGCAUUUGGCUAUGCAAACAUUUUGAGGGAUUUCUAAACACAGUACAAAUUCUCCCAAAUCCCUAAGUAGUAUUGUGAUCAUGUACAAUUCUACAUUCAGAGCUAAGAAUAACAUCAUGAAGCAGAUGAUGAAAUUCACUCUUGAGUCUCUCCUUUCCCUAGAAGUAGUUUCCCUGCACACCAGAGCCUCGCUACUAAGCCAUGUUUGUCAACCCGCUAUGCUAACUAUUUUGGACUCUACCCAGAACACAAAGUGUGGCCACAAACCAGGUACCUAUGAUCCUUCAAAAGCAGCUCACAUGUACACUGAAGGUUUUGGCUUUGUUUUACUUUUUUCUUGAGACAUUAGAUCAUCAAUCUCUGCACCUGUAUAUUAUUGAGAGAAUGUCUAGCUAAUAUUACAACAAAAAGGCUAACAGUUGAUUGGCAAUCAUACCCAGCACAAAAAAGCUGUUUCUUCUAUUGUCUCUGAUUCUGAGGUGAUUGAUAUGAAAUGUAUAGAUUAAUAGAAAAACAGAAAUCUCUGUGUUGAGUAUUAUGACUGUUUUAAACAUGUUUAAGAUAUUCUAUGAAACAAUAUUCCCUUCAGUAUGGAAUAUAUUCCAUUCAGGUAUAGAAACAAGAGGGCAUGUGGUCCAAAGAUAGCAGCAAAGAAGCAAUGAAUCUGUACACACCUGGGUCCCCAUCCCUAUUCUAUCUCUAUACCUCAAAACUUACUUUGCCUCAUUGCUCCCCUAUAUAAAAGAGUGAGGAUACUUGUUUACCUACCUCACAAGGUGAUAUAAGGAAUGUGAGAGCUGGUAAAGCACUUGGGUUAGAGACCACCAGGCCUCUCACUAAAUCACAGGAACAUGGAGAACUGUGUACAUCACAGGAAGAGGAAGGGUGGGUGCCACUGUUGUUUGAAAAGCAGCAGCUAUGCCAGUGAAUACGAGAAAAGUGUUUCUCUUAAAGGUCUAAGCAGAAAUUAUAAGCUUUCUAAUGAGAACAAUUAAUCUCUCAUAUAGACACUAAGGGUCUCCAUAGAAGGAUCAUUUUCUUCUUAAACAAACUAAAUUUUACUAAAGGUUUAUAAAUACAUCUAGACAACCUGGCCCUUUUUAAUCCCUGAGGACUUUAUAUGGCUGAUCCCGUUUUUCAGAACCAUGUAGAGUCCCAGGUUCGGCCCUGGUGAAGCCAACUGAUGCUCUGAAAAUCAACUCCUGGUCGUUUAGUAACAGCUAUUAUUAAGAUGAGAUUUGGAAUGGUUUAACUCAGUUUACAUUUAAUUUCUAACACAACACCUUUGCAACAGAAGAACUUUGUUUCUGCUCAGAACUCUUGAAUUGAUUCAUCUCUACAUUUUAAAUGUAUUUUAAAUAUUUCAGUGAAGUGCUUGUUCAAGGGCUUCAGCAACAUAUUGAAAUAUGGCUACUUGCACAAAUGGAAUACACAGACGUGAGCUCCACAAAAGGUUUAAAAAUGUGGAGAGAUGGUAGGAAAGAUAGCCUCAGCAAAGAUCCUGUACAACUCUUUCAAAACAAUUUUUAUUCCCUUGCCUAAAUGAUGGGGCUAAGUAGAAAUAACAUGAGUUGGGCUUAUAAACAUUUGUAAGUUUUGAGUCAUAGAGUCAAUAUUGUGAAAUAAAAGUGGACCAUUGGACUACACUAACAGUAAAGGUACUAUGUUAAUGAUGUGGCUCCAUUCAGUACUCUUAUUUAAUAACUAUACUCACUUACAAAGUAAAUUCCAUAGUCUUAAAAAUAUGAAAUAGUUUCCAAAUUUUCCCUUGAGGAGUGAAUUAGAAAUCAAGUUGUUCUUGGAUUACAUACAGUAUUGGCAUCCAAUAUGAUCUCUUCUGUUUCUCUAAAAUUAAGUUGCCAAUGGACUUAAUCAAAUAUUUAAAUUGUCAAAUUGGCUAUUUAUUUCUAAUUCAUGACAUUGGACUUUCUGAAGCAUGACUGUAACAUAGAAAAGUAUGUGGCUGCCUAAAAAUAUCUACAUUGCCAGAAUAGAGUUACUGUUAGGAUAGUCAGGUCAUAUGAGAACAGUAAGUAGGUAAAAGGUAAUUUGGAUAUUCUUGACUUUCUACUCCCUUCCGAAACCAAUAUUUUUAUAUCCCAAAAUACAAAAGUGUAUCCUUUUUAUCAUAAAAAUAAACAUCGGUUUUGAUUCAUUUUUAUACAGAAAACUGAAGUUGACUAUUCGGUCUAGUUUCAGGUGGGUUUGGUAGGAGUAGCAGGAGGUAGUGGAGAGAACAUUCUACAGAGAGAUUCUAUCACAAAGUGAAAGAUAAAAUCUAAAUAGGUCAGAGGGAGCUGGACAGCUCCUUGAUGUAAUGGCUUAGCGUUCUCAACAGAUGAGAAAAGUACAAGUCCUAACAACACGCCAUCUACAUAUAACGACACAGAGCAACAUAGCAUUGCUGGGGGGAAAGAAUUGAGUCUCUUUUCAGUGGUUUCUAUUCCACAUGGAACCCUCUAGAGCCCUCCAUGAAAAUAAAAGUGUAUCAGAAAAACUUAUCUUUUAGCGUAUGUGAUUAUUCAGCAAUGGGCCCAUCACUCUGUAAGCAUCAUAUAUGUGAUUAUUUGUAAACACAACUGCCAAAUUUUAUGGCUAAAGCCAGCUGACAUUCUUUUCAAUAGGCAAACAAAAGACACAGACACACAGAGAAAAAUCCUCUACUUCCUAAAAAAAAUAAUUCCCACUUUAUUUAUGUCAACUAUAUUACUGACAGACUACCUUCACAAAAGCUUUUUUAUGAACCUGUUGGUCAACACUUCAUUCAGGCCCCACUUAAAGCCAUUCUCUGAUCAAUGGGGCACAGUAGAGAAGAACAUAGCUAGCCUUAAUUGGAAUCUCGCUCAUACUUUAAAAAAACAAAAAAAAAACAAAAACAAAACAAAACAAAAACAAAAAACAAAAACAAAAAACCUCUUGCGUUUCAUCUCUGUAGCCAAAUGGCUCAGUAGCCUCAAGAAUAAAUGCACAAGGAUGGAUGUGAAGAUGACUUCCUGUUCUCAGAACAGAGAGGACCAACAGAGAACCAGAGAUGACUAUCUUCUUUGAAGCCAAACAGUACUCUGGAUUUAAAGCUAAGAAAAAUAUGCUGUUAAAAAUGGGAGAAUAAUAUCCCCCCUUUGGUUCUUUACCACUGUCCCUCAAUAUUUUACAGUUAGGAUUAGAAUUUCUAGUAAUGAUAAAUAAUGCCAUUUUGUAUAAUGGCUUCAAUACAUACACAUUGUGAAAGAAUUAUCUACAGAUGAGAAGACUGAAAAGCAGACUUUCUCUGUACUUGCAUCCAAGCAAGCACUUGGGAAAGUACUAGUCAUGCUGACACCGGCUGAACUAAUGGCAUCCAAGAAAACAAAUGCUUUGCUGCAUGUAAAGCCAUCAUACUUGGUGAACCUGCUUCCAAUGGCAAGAGUUUGGGCUCCUGACAUUGAUUCUCCAUUCUCUCAUUAUUUUAAGUUGUGUAAGUUUCACAUUUAACUACCUCAGCUGCUGUUGUUUGAUUUCAAAAUACAAAACCGUACACUUCACAAUUAACAAAUUACUCCAUUGCAAAUUUCAAAUGGUAGUUUGGUGCAAAACGACUUUCAAAAAAUUUAAAACAACACAAGCAACCCAACUCCCACUAGACUUGCUUUAUUUGAAUUUUUUAAAGCAUGGUUUGGGAUUUAAAAAGAAAGUCACAUCAUCCUGACACAAAGAGACUGUAUAUAUUUGCUUAAUUUGCCUUAAAUAUUUUGUACCUUUCCCUUUUCUCUUUUGAAUUUUUGUUUUUUAAGUUUAUCUCUGAGCAAAAGAGAAGUAAUAGGUGGUAGAUGAAGACAAACAUGAAAAGAACGGGCCACUAGGUUCUUAGCUCCCCAACGUCAACUGUACAUAGUAUUCUGACGCACAGUCAGCUACAUUCUUGAGUUUCUCUCUCCAUAUCAGAAAUAAGGUGUGUGCAGGCAACGUGAAGACAUUUCCCCCAGACAGCACGGUGCCUGACCUCGGAUGCAAACCUGCCAGUCCUGUCUCUUACUUUGUAAACAUUGUACAAAUGUAUUUUGAAUUUUAUUUGAAACAAAAAAUUAAAUGAGUUAUUAAAUCCUUUCCUGUAAAUAUAUAUAGAGAGAUAUAUAGAUAUACAUAUUCCAACCCCACAUAACCAGACUUCCUUUAGCAUUCAGAUUGUAAGUGUGUCUUUCUUGGUUGGAAGCUGCUGCCCUGGGCAGUGACUCCAAGUGCUCUAGCUCAAAGCACAGUGCGUGGAAUAUUUGCUAUACUGCAGUACCAUAGUUAUUUUGGUCAGUAAAGUAAGUUACAAUUUGUGAUGAAAUGAAGUGGAAAGUAGUACUUCAUAAUGAAUAAUUUUCCUUGGUUAUCUGAUUUUUUUUCUUGUAAAACUUUAAAAGAAAAAACUUGAAAUUUUAUAUAUUUGGAUUUUGUAGAUUUUUUUUAUUUUAUUGCAACACAAGGUACCAAAAUCAUUAAAUAAAGUACACUGUGGUCAUUUUAACAGAA